CAGUUACGCGACUUCUCCGAGAGUUACACGGUGGAGGACGCGGAGAAGAUGGCGGCGCAGCAACGGGAGCAGGUCGAGGCGCGGAUCGCACAGCUGGAGGAGGAAAAGAGGGAGGCAAACGAACUCCGCCUAAAGUUUGACAAGGAGCUCGCGGGGUGGCGCACCGCACUUGCCGCCGCAAAGCGGGAGUUGCAAAAGGCGGAGAAGGCACGCAUGGCAGCGGAGAAGCAGUGCCGCGUCCAGCAAGAGAAGUCACGGCUGAAAGCAAAAACAUAA